AUGCCUAAAAAGAGGAGAGAUCCCGGGAGCUUUACUAUUCCGGUAGAGAUAGAGGGAUUAACUGUGGUAGAAGCCUUGUGUGAUUUAGGAGCGAGUAUCAAUUUGAUGCCGCUCAGUAUGUUCAAAAGGUUGAACUUAGGUGAGGUUACCCCAACUAUGAUUUCUUUGCAAAUGGCGGACAGGUCUUUAAAAACCCCUUACGGGAUCAUUGAGGAUGUUGUGGUUAAGGUGGAUAAGUUUGUUUUCCCAGUGGAUUUUAUCAUUCUUGACAUGGAAGAGGACUCAAAAGUCCCUCUCAUAUUGGGGAGACCAUUCUUAGCCACUGGUGAGGCUGAAAUUAAAGUGGCCAAGGGAACUCUAACUUUGAGAGUGGGUGAAGAUGAGGUCCUCUUUAAUAUCUUUGACUCCUUAAAACACCGAGCGGAUGAUGAAGUUUUUCGGUGUGAAGUGGUUGAUGAGCUUGUGUGUGAAGAGUUUGUUAGGAUAUCUAUUAAGGACCCCUUGGAAACAACAAUCAUGGAGGGGCUAGAAAUAGAGGACCAAAAUCUUGAGAGUGAACUUGACUCCUUGUACCAUGUGGUGAAUGCUACUCUAUCUCAAUUAGAAUCUGUCUCAUCUCUUGCCACCAAAAGCAUUUGGAAAGAAGAAUUAAUUAGGGAUGAGGAGAUUCAAAUUGAUGAGAAGAGUGAGCUCAAGCCACUCCCUUCCUCUCUCAAGUAUGCUUAUCUUGAGGAAGGUGAGAAUAAACCUGUUAUUUUGAGUAGUGCUCUCACACCUUUAGAAGAGGAGAAACUCCUCAGAGUUUUGAGGGAUCACAAGUCAGCUUUGGGUUGGACUAUAGAUGAUAUCAAAGUGAAAUUCAUGCCUUGUAAGCCUUGUUUUGACGUGUUGCUACUGUCCAAUGCUUGUAUGUCUAGAUCUCAUGCUACCUUGCUAAUUUUGGACCAUGUUAUGCUUGUUUUCAACAUGACUAUAGUGAAUAUUUGA